UCUCAGCCUAAUAUCAAAGCCAUCUUUUGCCGCUUCCCUUAAUAAUUUUUCAUCAUUCAACUUGAUAUGUGGUUUUGCAUUAUCUUGCUGAAUAUAUAUUGUUUUUCCGUUAUAAUUUGGCCACUUCUCUCGAAUUGCUGGCAGUAGUUUCUCAAUUAAACAAUCUCUUACCACGUCUGUAUUCACUAUAAUGGGUUUAUCUUCAAGUGUUCCAGCUGGACGAUUCUUGCUAGUUCGCUUUGCCGCCUCCUUAGCAAUUAAGGGGAAUAUGCCUAGUUUCCCAUCGAAGAUUUCAUUUCCGAAUUCAUCAAAUCUAGGACGACUUACUGCUACCAAGAACAUUACCUUUGUAAUGUAUCUCUUUCUUUGACAUGUACGAUGGGGUUCGGUUUCUUCCGGAUGAAGAUAGUAAUUUUCCAUGGUUUUAGUCAUGAAAAACCACUUCUCGUCGAUGUGUAUCACAUUAUGCAUGUCCUUGACCAUCAAAGUAUCCUUGUUUUGGUUUGGCUCUAACAUUUCCAAACAAAACUCCAACCGUUUUUUCUUAAUGUCAACUGUGAAGGUUGGUUUUCUUGAAGACAUGUCAACAGAUAACAUAUGCAGAUGGAAAGUAGUCCCACUAAUGGAAGUAUCACAAUUACUGCAGCUGAGAAGCAAAGACCUGCAAAGGUAUGCUGGAGUUUUCUUCUCUCUUUAAGUUCAGCUAGGGAAGCUAAGGUAUGGAACUGUGUGCUUGAGAAGGAAGAAAAGAUGGCAGGAAUUGAGAGAGGAAGCAUCAGAGAUAUUGUACUGAUUCAGACUCUUCCCGUUUCCUUGCAAAUUGAUGAAAUUCUCUAUGAAUUACGUGAUCACUCAGUUCGGUUGAAUUGUGGAAUGGAGAACAAGGCAUUUUGCAGGCAUGGAGUGUUAGAACACCCAGAAUCCUGAGGUAUACAAUAGUUUGAGUUAUUACUGGAGUAUUUCUUUCUUCCCUCACUCAUUCUAUCAAUUGAUAAAGCUAAUCGUGAUGUUGACUGUAAAAUAGGUUGAGUCCUCUAUCCAAUGAUAACUAGCUACAACUGAAUUGCUAGAAGAUUUCAUGCCAUCAUUACAGUUUUCAGAUAUGCAAUUAAAAUUAAGUGAUUGAACUUCAGAUGAUUACAAAAUGAGGCAAGGAUUUAGAGAUUUACCUUAGAAGUUCUGUUUAUUCUGAAUGUCAAGUUGAUUUUCCUACUUUACAGUACCCAUGAUUUGAGAAUUUGAUUUGAGCAUUUUUUUUAGAUUUGAAAUGUAUCUUAUUUAAGGUGGAGAUAUGAUGAAUCACCUGGGGUAAAGAGAGAUCUGAAGUUGAUUUUGGAACUCUAUUUUUGUAGCUGAUUGUGAUCUCAAAUUGAUUUGAAUGUAGAGAGAUCUGAAAUUGAUUUUGGAACUCUGAUUUUGUAGUUGAUUGUUAUCUCAAGCUGAUUUGAAUGUAAGUUUACUUUUGAUUUUCCUGAAGGAAAUCAAACAACUCUGUUUUUGUAGUUGAUUGUGAUCGAUUUUUCUAAAAGAAACUUCAUCUUCGUCUUCUCCG